AUGGGAUAUAAGAUAUAUUCUAACUCUGACUUAGUUCAAACAGUAACAUGGGCAAACUAUGAAUGGUUCGCUUUGAGAAACUCAGUACAACCACAAGCUAGAGAACAAACAGACCAGUAUGCAACUAUUGAGAAAAUAAGAAGACUUGACCCUAACGUUCCAGGAGUUUAUGUUAACCUUUCUGGACAAACUGCAGCAGCAGUAACCAAAGUAAAACUGAAACUUAGAGUUCCUUUGUCAUCUUUCCUCAUCUUCAGGUUUUUAAGAUACUUGCCAAACUGGGCAGGAAAAAUUUCUAUCGAACUCACCCCAAGCAAAAAUAACUUAGUCAUUGCACCAACACAAGACCCAUUCACUCUUACAGAAGUAGUGGGAACAAAUAAAAUGUCAUUCGCCGACUUUUGCAAAAACAAAGUUGACUUAGACUUUGGUUUCUCAAACCUCAACACUGAAGUAAACUAUUAUUUCAAUGCUGCUGGAGAUGCUUGGGACCCAGUUAAGUUUACAUGCGAAAAAUUUGAAUGCAAGAGAAUAGAAAGCAGACUUGCAGUCUAUAUGUUGGACCCAGAUAUUUCAAAUGCUUUAGCUGCCAAAUAUAUUGCAGUUCCACUUAUGUUCCCUAUACACCAAAUAUCUGUCAAAGACUUUGCAGGUGAAGUUGGAAACCAAAGUGCUGACCCAGGUGCAAGAACAGAUAUUGCUUUAACAACUGCAAUGAAACAUGCAGAUACUAUGUUUGUACUGUUCAGACGAACUAUAAAUGACUAUUCUUGUUUCUACAACCCUGGUAUUAAAUAUCAUAUAAACAUAGAUGGCAAAUAUUAUCCAAGAGAAGAAUAUUCUACAGUUGAGGAUAUGAGGUCAUACAACUUGACAUUAGAUGCUAUGAACUUUAACAACAACUUCACAACAACCAUUAACCCUGAAAUGCAAAGUUCUAUUAUGCCAUAUGUGAAAGUAUGGACUCAUACAGGAG